GCCCAAGCUGGGUUUGAAUUUGUGAUCUUCUUGCCUCAGUUUCUCAGAAUCCUAGGAUUACAAGCAUGUGCCAUCUGAUGAGCAUCUGGGCUUCUUGAUGAUCCAGAUUGGGUCAGCUUCCCUGCAGCAGAUCCUAACCCAGGGUCUUUAGCUCCACAGGUCUGAAAGAGCCAAGAAGAGGAACCUGAGUGGGCCCAGCAACAGGAAGUGUGCAUUGCAGUGAAGGAUGCUGGCAGAGUCAGUGCCAGCUCCCCUGGAGCAAGAGCAGCUCGGAGCUGUCAAGCUGGAGGAGGAGGAGGCUGCUGGUCUGGCAGGUGUCAGGCAUGCAGAGGCCAGGCCUCGGCCUGAGGUGGCCCACCAGCUGUUCAGAUGCUUCCAGUAUAAGGAGGACAUGGGGCCGAGGGCAUCCCUGAGCCGACUUCGGGAGCUCUGUGGCCACUGGCUGCAGCCGGCUCUGCACACCAAGGAGCAGAUCCUGGAGCUGCUGGUGCUGGAGCAGUUCCUGAGCGUGUUACCCCAGCACCUGCUGGGCCGGCUGCAGGGGCAACAGCUCCGGGAUGGAGAGGAGGUGGUGCUGCUGCUGGAGGGUGUGCCCAGGGACACCGGCCACUCAGGGCCACUGGAUUUUAGUUUCAGCGCUGGCAAGAAUUAUCCCCGUACAGACAUCAUCUUGGAGGAACAGGGAGGUCCUUCCCAGAUCUCCAGCUACAGUCCCAAAAAGGAAGUACCCUCAGAAGAGCCCACAGCCCUGCUGCCAUUGAAGGAAGUGCCCCCAUCCCAGCCAUGGCCUGUCAGACCUGCUGAGCCCACAGAGUGGACACCUGCCCCCAGUUCCCGGCAGCUACUGAGCCCAGGACCCCAGGGGACACUCCAAGCCCUGCCAGAAAGCACCCUCCAGGGUCCCUCACUGUGGCCUGAGGAGUAUUCCCGUGAUCAGGAGCUGGCGGCUGUGCUGGAGAGCCUGACCUUUGAGGACGUGCCAGCUAAGAAGACCUGGCCUGUGCACCCUCUAGGAUUUGAAAGCAGAACUCCAGACAAGGAGGAAUUUAAAAUGGAGGAGCCCAAAGAGGCCGCCUGGCCUACUGUCACCUCAGUAGAGUCCCAGGCAGACACCCCUGAGUCGGCAGGAGAGCCUCUCACUCAGACAGUGGGGCAUGAGGCGAACGGCACUGGUGGAGGAGGUACCCCUCUUGGCAGCAGUGUUUCGGAAGGCACCUCUGAGUCAGAGGCCAAAAUGCAGUUCAUCUGCACGGAGUGUGGGGCGAACUUUCCGCAGCUCUCCCGCCUGAAGAAGCACCAGCUAAACUCGCACCCGGGCUCACGCUCCUUCCUGUGCCUGUGCUGUGGGAAGAGCUUCGGCCGGAGCUCCAUCCUCAAGCUGCACAUGCGCACACACACAGAUGAGCGCCCCCACGCCUGCCACCUCUGCAGCCAUCGCUUCCGCCAGAGCUCCCACCUGGCCAAGCACCUGCUCACUCACUCCUCAGAGCCCGCCUUCCUAUGUGCCGAGUGCGGCCGCGGCUUCCAGCGCCGCUCCAGCCUCGUGCACCACCUCCUGCUGCACGCCCAGGACCUAAAGCCCACGCCCACCCCCGAGGCGGAGGCCAAAGAGGCGGAGGUGGCGGUAGUCCUGUGUUCCCACUGCGGGCAAACCUUUCAGCGCCGCUCCAGCCUGAAGCGACACCUGCGCAUCCACGCCAGGGACAAGGAUCGUCGGGGAGCAGAAGACUCACAUGGCCUUAACUCUGGUCGCGAGCGCAGGCCCCAUGCUUGCGGUGACUGCGGAAAGGCGUUCCGGCGCAGCGAGCACCUGGUGACUCACCGGCGCGUGCACACGGGCGAGCGGCCUUUUUCGUGCCAGGCCUGCGGCCGCCGCUUCACCCAAAGUGCACAGCUGGCCAGUCACCAGCGUGUGCACACCGGCGAGAAACCGCACUCCUGCCCGCAGUGCGGGAAGCGCUUCCAGCGGCGCGCCGGCCUCGCCCGCCACUUGCUGACCCACGGCGGCCCACGGCCCCACCGCUGUGCGCAGUGCGGCAAGAGCUUCAGCCAGACCCAGGACCUGGCCCGCCACCUGCGCAGCCACACUGGGGAGAAGCCAUGCCGCUGCGGCGAGUGCGGCGAAUGCUUCAGCCAGAGCGCCCACCUUGCACGACACCAGCGCAUCCACACCGGGGAGAAGCCCCACGCCUGCGACACCUGUGGCCACCGUUUCCGCAACAGCUCCAACCUGGCCCGCCACCUCCGCAGCCAUACGGGUGAGCGGCCGUACAGCUGCCCAACCUGCGACCGCAGCUUCCGGCGGAACGCCCACCUGCAGCGCCACCUGGUCACCCAUGCAGGGCGGGCGCAGGAGCUGGAGGCCCCCCAGGAGUGUCACGAGUGCGGCAAGACCUUUAGCCGCAGCUGCAACCUGCUCCGCCACCUCCUAGUGCACACAGGGGCCAGGCCCUACACCUGUGCCCAGUGUGGCCGAGGCUUCAGCCGAAAUUCGCACCUGCUGCGCCACCUGAGGACCCAUGCCCGUGAGACACUGUACUAGCGGUGGCCGUGGUCUGGCACCAGCCCCACGUGUCCCUUCUAAGAUGUCCCCGUCACGCCUGCCUCUCUCUGGCUCCUCCACAUCUGUCCCCCACACCACUCCCACCCCAAGCCUUUUUCCCUGGUCUCAGGAAUGCAUUUCAGUACCCAAAGUAAAACUGCUCUCUUGAAAGUGGUUUCUGCCAGUGUGGUGGUGCAUGCCUGUG